AUGUCUCGCAAUGAGAGCCGCGCGCCGUCGCAUACCGUUAGGGUCAAUUAUACCGGCGAGGCGGGUGAACCAGGCCCUGUCACGGGGCCAGCAGGCAAAGGUUUCCUGUCCCACUUGGCAGCAGUCCUCACUUCUGGAAUGAAUGGUUCCAAGCCGUUUUCGAAUCCAUUUUAUCUCACAUCUUACGGACCAACUCUUGAUUCAUUGGUCGAAGGAUCACUCUAUGGCAUGACGUGCAAGAUGAUCGGCUCCAAUGACCAUAAUUACGAUCAUUUCCAUUUCGAAAAUGCUAAUCGCAUCAACUUCGGUCAAAGCGCCACUCUAGGUGAGAACAUUCCCGAGGACCUCAUAGACAAGAUUACAAUGAUCGCAAUGGGAGUCAUAGUCGCGAUCGACACCAUCAAAGACCCAUUAUAUAAGGGCAAAACGACUGUAAUUGCCACUUUGAAACAUACUGACUAUGACCCAUUCACUCGCAUGAACCUGAGCUGGAUGACACAACAUUAUGUGCCACCAGUCCGAAACAUGGAGCGCGCUCAAGUUCUCUGCGUGAUUGGGCGUGAGGCACAGUUCACCGGGUUGCUCCGUGAUUAUGACGCCAAAAAGUUCAUGUGGUGCUGUGAGACACAUGCUAUCAGCGUUACCAGCGGCCACACAGCCCCCAUCAAAACUUCGCCAAAGGCAGCUGGGAAACCAACUCACAGUAGGACGCCUUUGAACAUGCGCCCCAAGUUAGCUAGCGAGACUCCACCAAAGCGCCCUUUCUGUACGGAGGAGAAUGCCGGCCCGUCGAACUCUGAUAUUGGAAUACCUAAUGAGAGUCUUGCUGAGGUCGAUGAGACCACGGCGGCAACUACUCCCAAUGUGGCCAGAACCUCCAACUUGCCCUCGAAGCGCUCCCGCCGCGAAUGA